GGUUCCGCCCAGUACGUUAGUCCUCACCUGUUUUGGCGUCGUUCCUGUUGUUGUGCACCCAGGCACACACAAGAUAGAGGGACUGUCGUAAUGCUAACGGCGAGCAGUUAAGCUUUCUUUGUCUUAUUUACAGCGUGUCCAUGCGUUGAAUGGGGAGCGGAUUGCUUUGGAUGCCGGCACGUACAUCGAGCUUAGCUCCGUUCUUUCCAUCUCUUUCUAAUUCUUUACCUUAAGUGCAGUUCAGCAUGUUUGCGGUCGCCGCUCCCUAGCCCCGGCUCUCCAUGCGCUUCAUGUACUGAACGUGGAUGCGACUGCUGCUGCUGCACUCGGCCAUGCGGAGCCGACUGUGAAAAGCCUGCACUCGCCUCGCUAGCAUCUCCUCCAUCUCUUCCUGUGUUUCCGUGCUUCAGCCACAUGGCCUGCAGGCUGAUGCUGAUGGCGGCGACCAGAGUCGCGGGCCGGGCUUCCACCAGCAGCUUCUUUUGCCCACGGUUCCGCUCCACCUCGGCUACUGACCAUCACGAGCUGGCGAGGGAACGCUCCAAGACUGUCACCUCCUUCUACAAUCAAUCCGCCAUCGACCAAGCCGCUGAAAAGCUUUCAGUUCGUCUGACUCCAACAACCAUGCUCUAUGCUGGGAAGUCGCCAGAUGGAAGUCAUUUCCUGAAAAGUGCCCGCUACCUCCACAGAGAACUGCCAGUUCGCAUAGCUCACCGUAUCAAAGGCUUUCGCACUCUCCCCUUCAUCAUUGGCUGUAACCCUACAAUUCUGCAGGUGCAUGAGCUGUACAUACGAGCCUUUCACAAACUCAGCGAUUUUCCUCUGAUUAAAGAUCUUGAGAUGGAUGAAAAGUAUUGUAAACUGAUCAGGCAAUUACUAGAUGAUCACAAAGAUGUAGUAACUCUACUGGCUGAAGGCUUCCGGGAGAGCAGGAGGCACAUACAGGAUGAGGCGGUGAUCAGACAGUUCCUCGAUAAGACUCUGACAUCCCGGCUGGGAAUUCGAAUGUUGGCAUCACAUCAUCUUGCACUUCAUGAGGACAAACCUGAUUUUGUUGGUAUCAUUUGUACCCGCCUAUCUCCCAAGAAGUCUAUUGAGAAGUGGGUGGACUUUGCAAGGCGACUUUGUGAACACAAAUACGGAAACGCACCUCGCGUUCGGAUUAAUGGUCAUGUGGCAGCUCGUUUCCCAUUCAUCCUAAUGCCGCUAGACUACAUUCUACCAGAACUCCUCAAGAAUGCUAUGAGAGCAACCAUGGAAAGCCAUAUGGACACUCCCUACAAUGUGCCUGACAUAGUGGUAACCAUUGCCAACAAUGAUGUGGAUUUUAUAAUUAGAAUAUCAGACCGGGGAGGUGGCAUUCCUCACAACAUCUUGCAUAAGGUGAUGGACUUUCAUUUUACUACGGCAGAGUCUACCACUCAGGAGCCCCGCUUUAACUCUCUCUUGGGGGAUAUGGUGGAUAUGGUGAACAGUGGCCAGUCGAGCCCCAUGCAUGGAUUUGGCUUUGGACUGCCAACAUCCCGUGCUUAUGCUGAAUACCUGGGUGGUUCCCUAACAAUCCAGUCCCUGCAAGGGAUUGGGACCGAUGUCUACCUGCGACUGCGCCACAUUGACGGGAAAGAGGAAAGCUUCCGAAUCUAGUGACGCAUUACCAAAAAAAACUCGCCAUGCCAUCGUCUUUUCACAUCAAACACUUGCUCUCAAAAACAGUAAAAGUAAACACUUUUGUCAUUUCGCAUGUUGAAGAGAACAAGCCUCACUUAACCUUGGUUGCAUUGAAUAUAUUUUUUAAGGCAAACGGCACCGUGCCAGUCUAAAUUUUGUUUCCUCCCUACAUUUUAAAAAAGUAGCGGAUGAAGGUUCAUUUCUUUGGUUUUAGUUUUGUUGUUUAAACUGUGGUCAAGUUCAGAGCAAAACAUUUUUUGAAAAUGAAAAUUGAAUCUGUUACUCUGUUAUAGCUGUAAAUAUAUUUGUUAGGUGCACUACUUUUUUAUUUAUAGUGGUAUUUGAGAUUCUGACCUCAAUAUGCAUAACCCGUCUCCUUUUCCAACUUGUUAGACCUCAUACAAGUUUGGACAGUGGGACUCAAUUUGCCGAUAUGUGGACUUGAAUGACUACUCAGUUGAAUGAGGUUUGCAAUUCUUUUUAUUUUUAAGUAUUUAAAGUGACAUCUUUUGAAGCAGAAGAUCAUUUACAAAUGAAUAUUCUCUUCUGUCUGCGUGAGACGGCCUCAAAUUUAUUUUAAUGGACAUGGCUGACCGAGAGUCCCAUUUGGAUAACUCCACUUGAUUCUUCCUUCGGCAUUAUCCACAGCAAUUUUUCCCCCCUAAGGAUUCUGACUUUUUUCUUUUCUUGGCUGGCUACAAAAUAAAAAUAUUCAUCGCUGCCGUAAAAGGGACACAAUUCCUUUAUUGGGCUUGCUGGCGCCCAGUAUGUAGAAUGAUCUUCUGAGUUAAUUCUCAUCUUAAGCUAAAUGGACAGCCUUUUCAGUCCUGUACUUACUAUUGCGUUUAAGAGGAACCAAGGUUUGUUCUUUGGUCUGUGUGUGGGAGUGGUGGUCUCUCUUCAUUUUCACUCUUUGUAUUAAACAGACUAUGCAUUGUUUACAUGACACGGAAAGUCUUGGCCAGAUCUGAAUGCAGAGGUGGCUUAAAAGAUACGAAUGAAUGGGUUUGUUUUUACCGAUUGAAGAAAAGCUUCAUCUUUUUGUUGUUAAAUAAAGCCCCGUAAUACUCCCAAAUGUUUCUGUCCUUGGAACAUGAAUUAAGGAUUUGAGGGGAAAAAAAAAAUGUUUAAGCGUUGAAACUAAUUUGAGGUUUAAAACCAGUUAGAGGUAAAAAAAAAAAA